UAUAGAGUUUACAAGAAAAGCCCUAAAUGUUCAUUGUCACCUCAGAGCUACAGAAAGAAAAACGAAAAAUGAAUUUAGGGCUUUUCUUGUAAACUCUAUAACUUUGCAAAGAAAGGUCGUGUAGGGCUGGGAGACGCCUCGUUUUAAUCAGAAAUUUAUGGACUACACUUACGCCUCACUAAGAAAGCUUUUGGUUGUCCUUUAGAGUUUCUCGAAAACUGGUUUUCCAGAAGACCGAUCUUUGAAGGCUUAGCAGCAGCAUUCAUGGUGAUAUUCGAAAUCAGCAUCGUCGGCUACCUAUAGUCCACUCGGUUUCGUUGAAAAAGCGAUUUAUCAGUUGGGCUACUUCCCUCGUAAGUACGGUCGAAAUAAGAUCAAAUGUUUUAACCAUUUUAAUCAAGAAUAUUUCCAUAAUGUCACAUCAUCAAACUUUUUCUCUUCAUAGGCACGGAGUCUGACUCAGAAUCGGAAAAUUUUCGAGAAAAGAAUAUACCUCACAUUCGUCGUACAAAAGUGCAAACACAAGCAGAUAAUGAACACGAUUACGCAUCGAUUGGCCGGCUGUCUUCAAAACAUCUAACGCUGGAAAGCGCUUCUAGUCUGCUUGGUAUUGAUAUUCCACCGGUGGUCAGCAAAAGUGUUCCAACGAACAUGAGAUUAUAUAUGUCUGCUGAUGAUAUAUUAGCGCUAAAACAAAGAGAUCCGAGAUGUGUAAAACCGAAUGCGACAACUAUGUUAAAUGAAAAGAAAAAGCGAGACUUUACUGUACCUGAAAUUAUUGUGAAAUAUGUUCGACAAGUGAAUCCGUAUUGUAGUCUAAAUACGAAGAAAAACAUAUACUCAACGGCAACUAUACGUAGUAAGGGCUGUUUACUCCGUAGUGAGCAUGGCUAUUGUGGAAUGAAACUUCCAAUACCGUGUCCUUUCACUUUUGAAUGUACCAUCACAAAAGCUAAUUUAAAUGAUCAUGCUCGUAAACUGGGUGUUGUAAUGGAUGACAAUAUUACUGAAGGAAACGAAUAUGAUGUUAAUUAUUUCCAGUUUAAAAAGAUCGACGAAUAUGAUAUUGAAAACGUCGAUCCAGAAUUAGCUACAACCACUAGCGACAGUCCAGAAGAAGCGAACACUUGGUUGAGCGAAGAAAAAUGA